AUGCGCUGCAGCUGGCACCGCGCCACUCUGAGUGCGGACAAGAAGUUCUUUUCCUGCUGCCUGGCUGGACAGCGUCUUGUCGGCAGUCCAGACACGGCUUUUGACUGCUGUGCUGCCGGCCAUGACCUUGCUGGUUCAGCAGAUGUCGGCUUCCGCUGCUGUCCAACUGGCUACAGUUUUGAUGGACAGCUGUGCAAGCAGUUGUGCCAGAAUGGAAAGCAACUGGUGAACGGCAAGUGUGUCUGUCCUGAUGGUCAGGUGGAGGGGUUAGAUGGCGAAUGUGAGACGCUGACCUGUGAUUCUGGGUUGCAAACUGGAAAAUGCUACACUUUCAAGAGUGAACAAGGAUACACUCUAGGUGUCCACCGAAAUGGUAACUUUUGGGCCGCACCUGACAGCAUCGACAACCGCUGGAGUAAGCUCCAGCUGUGCAAAGACCAAGCAUGUAUCCCCGGAUUGGCGGUUAACCCGUCCGAUGGAAUUUUUAUCGUGACUUGCACGGUGACGUCGGCACCGGCGCUAAUGGCGGUGGGUGGAUGA